AACUUCUCUUUCUCUAUCUAUUCCCUGCAAUGGAGAAAACCGACGUGAUUUUCUCUCACGGCAAGAAACGUUCAAUUUCCGACGACAUCUUAACUCGCGACGAUUACAAUCUCCACAUGAGGAAAUCAUCACUAACAAUGGAGGAUCCAGCGGCAGCGUUAGCAAAUUCCCGUCACGAAUUCGGCGAACACGGCGGCGUAAACAUGUCAAUCGAAGCAUCCGCUACCUUCACCGUAAUGGAACCUGAAACUAUGCGUCGUAUGUUCACCGGCGAAUUAGGCGCCGAUCGGGAUUUCUACAUCUACAGUCGACAUUUCAAUCCAACUGUCCUCAAUCUCGGCCGUCAAAUGGCCGCAAUCGAAGGAACUGAAGCCGCAUACUGCACCGCUUCAGGUAUGUCCGCGAUUUCGUCGGCUCUACUUCAAAUCUGUACCAGCGGUGGUCAUAUAGUAGCUUCGAGAUCGCUUUAUGGAGGAACGCAUACUCUGUUGACGAAUUUCUUACCUCGCGUUUGUAACAUUACGACUACGUUCGUAGAUCUGAGAGAUUUGGAAGCGGUUAGUGAUUCGAUUGUGGAAGGGAAGACGAAUGUGCUUUAUUUUGAAUCGGUUUCGAAUCCGACUUUGACUGUUGCUAAUGUACCGGAGCUUUCUAGGAUUGCUCAUGAUAAAGGAGUUAUGGUGGUGGUGGAUAAUACUUUUGCUCCGAUGGUGUUGUCUCCGGCGAGACUUGGAGCUGAUGUUGUUGUUCAUAGUAUUUCCAAAUUUGUUAGCGGUGCUGCUGAUAUAAUUGCAGGAGCUGUAUGUGGGCCGGCAAGCUUUAUAAACUCCAUGAUGGACCUCAACGAAGGUACUCUAAUGCUACUAGGCCCAACAAUGAACCCAAAAGUAGCAUUUGAGUUAUCUGAAAGAAUCCCACAUUUGGGCCUUAGAAUUAAAGAACAUUGCAAUAGGGCCAUGGUCUACUCAACUCGAAUGAAGAAACUUGGGCUGAAAGUUAUCUACCCUGGGCUCGAAGAUCACCCGGACCAUGUCCUUCUAAAGUCCAUAUCCAACAAGGAAUAUGGUUUUGGUGGUUUACUCUGUCUCGACAUGGAGACGGAGGAACGAGCCAACAAGCUCAUGAACAUUCUUCAGAAUGUGACUCAGUUCGGGUUCAUGGCUGUUAGUUUGGGGUAUCAUGAAACGCUAAUGUCGUGCUCGGGAAGUAGCACGAGUAGUGAGUUGAGCCCUGAGGCGAAGGAAUUGGCGGGGAUCUCUCCAGGACUUGUGAGAAUGUCGAUUGGGUAUAGUGGGACUCUUGAACAGAAGUGGAGCCAGUUUGAGAAGGCGCUUUCGAAAAUGAAUGAGUCGGGUUUCAUGCUAAAAAAGAAUUGAAUUUGUAAUGUUAUGUUUUAAUUUUGUCAUUGUAAAAGUAGAUUCUCUUUGUUGUUUUGUUGCUUUGACGAUGGAAUGAAUUAUGAAUGUUGUUUGGUAAUGUAAAUAAAUUAACUUCUUUUUUUG